AACUUGUUGUUAACCAGGCAUGUCUCCUUUCGAGGUAUUCUACGGUCGUAAGUCAAAUCGAGAGUUGAACAUGUUGCGAGCUGGUCAGGACACAACACCAGAAGAUAUUGAAGUUGAGAUGGAGUGUCUUCCUGAGGGCAAAAUGUUUGAGGAAGAUGUAUUGUUCGCUGAAGGCAAUGAGGAAGACAUUCGAAGACACAUGGAAAAACUGCAAGAUGUUCGAUCCAAGGCAGAGAAGAACGAAAAAAAAUCCUCCACAUACAUGGUCAAAAGGAACAUGCGGAAGAAUCCUCCUUCUUCCUAUGAAGUAGGAGAGAAGAUUUUUCUUCGAGUGAGGGAAAAAAAAAGUGGUGUGACACGCGGUGGAAAACCGUUACAUAAGCCGCUGGUUUAUCAUGGAGAAAUCAUCGAUGUCGAUCAUGAAAAUUUUCACUAUAAAGUGAAAUAUUUUGACAGUAGCAGUGAAUUCAUUGAUUAUGUUAGUGUUAAUAAUAUAACUUCACUUACCCGAGCGCAGGAACAAGAAAAACAGAGGCAAGCAAGGGGACAAAUUAAAAGGAAACUUUCAUGCAUGUGCAAGGAUGUAAACUGUAAGAGGAAACCGGCUUUUGAUUGCAGGUUCAAAAUGAAUGCUGUCUGCUGUGAAAAUCAAGGAAAGAAGUGUCACCAUCAUGGUGCAGGGCACAACACAGAACAGCCUUUUACUACAGAUCUACAGGAGCCCUCAACAUCAGGACAGGCUUCAACAUUAUCACAGAACCCAACAUCUCGAGACCUUUCAACUUGUAGAUAUGAUCUCUCGUCAUCGAAGGCAUUAGGAAAAAUUUUUGGAGAUUUUUCCAGGGAGUUUCGACUGAUGACAAUGAAACUGUCUAGUGAAAAAAAUCAGAGAAAUUUGGAUAGGAAUAUACAAAAUGCAGGACUUGAGUAUGCAGAACAAAGAACACCUGGUGACGGAAAUUGCAUGUUUCACGCCCUUGCUGCACAGCUGGAAAGGACCACACAUAUCAAGAUCACACAUGAUCAGUUGAGAGCCCAGGUAGUGGAACACCUCCACAAAAACCGCAAUACUAUAGAUGGGACUCACAUGCAAGCAUGGAUUUUAAAUGGAGAGUGGGACAGAUAUUUGUCAGACAUGGCUAGGGAUGGUGAAUGGGGUGAUGAAAUUAUUCUAAAACUGUAG